AUGGGUAUCUUCGACAUCGAAAAGCCAAUCUCCAAACUUGACCGACACCGUGUUCUUGCACCCAAGGCCGGUGUCCGUGUCUCCCCCCUCUGCCUCGGUGCCAUGUCUAUCGGCGACGCCUGGAAAGACUUGAUGUCUGGUGGCCUGAACAAGGAAGCCUCCUUCGAACUCCUAGAUGCUUUUUACAAACUUGGCGGAAACUUUAUCGACACUGCCAACCUCUAUACCGAUGGCCAAAGCGAAGAAUUCAUCGGUGAAUGGAUGCAAGCUCGCAAGAACCGUGACGAGAUCGUGCUCGCCACCAAAGCUACCUCGCCCUACAAGUCUCGUGAGUUGGGCACUCACAUUGCGACCAACUUUGUUGGAAACUCGGCCAAGUCCAUCUGGGUCUCGACCAACGACUCGCUUAAGAAGCUCCGCACCGACUACAUCGAUAUCAUGUACAUCCAUUGGUGGGACUGGUCGACGAGCAUCGAAGAGAUGAUGCAGGCGCUCAACAAGCUCGUUGCUUCCGGCAAGGUUCUUUACCUCGGCGCAAGUGACAUGCCCGCUUGGGUGGUUGCUGCAGCGAACACAUAUGCUCGAGCUCACAACUUGGCUCAAUUCAUUGUUUAUCAGGGCAAAUGGAACGCCGCUGAGCGUGAUUUCGAGCGCGAGAUCAUUCCUAUGGCUCGCGAAUUUGGCAUGGCUCUUGCUCCAUGGGGCGCCCUUGGUCAGGGUCGUUUCAAGACUCCUGAACAGGUUGCUGAGCGAGAGAAGACCCAAGGUCCUUUACGUGGUGGAGGAGGCCAACUCACCGAUAAGGAGAAGACCAUCUCGGCUGCUCUCUACAAGCUGGGUCAGGAAGAACUCGGAGGACUCAGCAUCACUGGUGUCGCGCUCGCUUACUGCUUCUCCAAGUACCCCUACGUCUUCCCUAUUGUGGGCGGUACCAAGGUCUCGCAUCUCGAAGAUAACGUCAAGGCGAUUGGUGUUGUGUUGACGGACGAGCAGAUAAAGAAGAUCGAGGUUGCCGUGCCUUUCGACCCUGGCUUCCCUCUGUCGAUGAUUCAAGACGAUCCUCAUUUGGAAGGUGAGACCAAGUUCGGUCUCCUUGGUCACGGUGGUCAUGUUGACUGGGUCAAGCAUGGCAAGGCUCCUUCUUUCCAGUAG